UUUAAAGAGUGCCCUACAACGUUUGCAAGCGGGGGGGAAAGGCAGCUCGAGUCCCGCAUACUUCAUCACCUCAGUCUCUGCACUAGAGGAUUUUGUAUCUCGUCUCAUCCUUCUGAGAGACUCCGAGAAAGCAAAUCAUGUCUGUCCAUUUCAACAGAGGGCCCGCAUACGGACUGUCCGCCGAAGUCAAGAGUAAACUGGCCCAAAAGUACGACCCGCAUAAGGAAGAAGAGCUGCGCUUCUGGAUAGAGGAAAUCACUGGGAAAAAAAUGGGAGAGAGUUUCAUGGAGGCCCUCAAGGACGGGGUCAUACUAUGCGAACUCGUCAACAAGUUGCAGCCUGGCUCCAUUAGGAAGAUCAACAACUCCUCUCAAAACUGGCACCAGCUUGAAAACAUUGGCAACUUCAUCAAAGCCAUCACGGACUACGGUAUGAAGCCAGUGGAUAUUUUUGAGGCCAACGACCUUUUUGAAAACUUCAAUCACACUCAAGUGCAGAGCACACUGAUGGCUCUCGCCGGACUGGCAAAGACGAAAGGCUUUCACACCAAAUCCGACGUGGGAGUGAAAUACGCAGAGAAGCAACAGCGGCGCUUCAACCCGGAGAAACUGAAGGAGGGACGGAACAUCAUCGGCUUACAGAUGGGUACAAACAAGUACGCCAGCCAGAAGGGUAUGACAUCUUACGGCACUCGGCGCCACCUUUAUGACCCCAAGACUGGUGUAGACAAACCUGUGGACCAGUCCACGAUCAGCCUUCAGAUGGGCACCAACAAGGGAGCCACACAGGCUGGCAUGACAGCACCUGGCACCAAAAGACAGAUUUAUGACCAGAAGCUUGGCACGGAGAAGUGCGACACUACAAACGUGUCCCUGCAAAUGGGCACCAACAAGAUGGCAUCCCAGCAGGGGAUGACGGUGUAUGGCCUGGCGCGGCAGGUGUACGACCCCAAGUACUGUGUGAGCGAAUGCGACAGCUGGGGAGAGCAAUACUUCAACGAGCACGGCUUCCAGGACCAGAACUACGACAACUACGCAGAAUAACUCGGGCUGCAGCGUCUCAUCCUGAAACCACAAGGACGGUCCGAGAAGCAUCGAGACGCGCCCUGCAAACCAGACAAGGGGGCCUGCAGCAUUGCAACUGACGUGAUUACAGAAAAUUGUGUCUUCUCCCCCAUGAGCUAGUUACACGCAAUAACUUUCUAAAAUAAUAUAUAUAUGUAUUUAAGAGUUAUUUUUAUGUUUAGAGUUCUCAACAGAAUGGUACUGCCAAGUAAAACUUUAGCCAUGGCACAGAGCGUGCCUUCCUGAUUGCCACCCGCUUCCACAUGCCCUGCUGACUUGAGUCGCGUUUUCAUCUUGUGCCCACGUGCCACACAAACACGCAAGUGAAGUCCGAUAGAAAGCUUCUGUGCAGCCGCCGAGGAACACAACGGCCCCCCGAUUAGACUGUGCCAGUGGCGUCACGGGAUGAAGAGCUUCGCCCAGCGGCGCGUAAAGACACAAUGUUCUGUACGGUUUGAAAUCAAGCGAAUAAAACUUUUGGAGAAAAUAAAAAAAAUAUUUGCUACAAGUGC